AUGGCAAAACAUUAUUGCAAAGUAAAUAAUGUCAUCUACGAAAUUUGGAAUGAACCAAAGCAGGUUAAAUGGAAGGAAAAUAUAAAGCCUUAUUUACUAGCAGUAAUUAAGGCAAUUCAGGAUAUUGAUAAGAAAAACUUGAUUGUUGUGGGCAGAUCGACUUUUUCUCAGGACGUUGAUGUGGUUGAAGGGGACCCCAUAACUGGAUUUGUAAAUAUUGCGUAUUCUCUAAAUUUUUACGCUGGAACCCAUCAUCAGGAGUUAAGCAAAAAGGUAUCUAUUGCACUUAAAAAAAAUAUCGCUGUGGUUGUGACCUUGUGGGGCACUGUUAAUGCAGAUGGUGAUGGUACCGUUGCCACAAAGGAAACCAAUGCCUGGGUUAAAUUUAUGACAGCUAAGAAACUGAGCAGCGCCAAUCGGUCUAUCAAUGAUAAGAAGGAAGGUGCUUCAGGUUUGAAAAAGGGAGCGAGUUCUGAUGGACGAUGA